GCUGCUCUCGGCCACAGCGGGACUGGGCGAGCCCGAGCGCGAGGACACCUGGCCCAGGCGCGGCGGGAAGCUCUGCGCGCCGCUUGAGGAGGUAAUCUCACCUAGGAUCCUGGAUCAGUUAGAAUAGGAUUUCUCAGACUGCAAAGAGGGUCAGGGAUAUAGAGACACUUAAAGAUUAUGUAGUCUGGAGCCAAGACAGCUUGAACACUUGUUAGAAGCCUUUACAGGGAUCACAGUAUACUGAAAGGCACACGAUCAAGAGAAUCUGGGGGAAGCUGGGAACCAUCAAGUUAUUGAGGCCACACAGGGAGCAGGACAGAAGUAGGAAAGAAAGUUUAUCAGAGUUUCUUCCUAAACCUCUUAGAGAUAACAGCAUAUUUUAAUCAGAGACUUCCCCUGGGCCACAGGCCAAGAUGGAUGUGCACCUCGAUACUCCUGAGGGUCAGGAGAGCGCAAGCAACAGUGGCAAGGGGAGCAGCAGCACAGGAAACCAGCAAGAUGUUGCUAUGAGGACAGAUUCAUCCGAGAUGACUGAUGUGGAGUCCGUGGUCAACAAUUUUGCCUCUUCGGCCAGGACUGGCCGCCGGAAUGCCGUGCCGGACAUCCAGGGCUCAGCCGGGAUGGGCGGGUCCGCAGAGCUGCCCCUCAAACUGGAGGCCCUGUCCAUGAAGGAAGAUGUACAAAAGAAAAAUGAAGAAACAACACAAAGGCAAUUGGAAAAGCCGAAGAAAGAAGAAAAAUGAAGACUCAAAAACUAUCAAAAGUACUGAAUUUCUGUACAUUGAAAGACUUAGUGGCUCUGCAUUCCUGAGAUAUUUGAUCUGGUAGUAACUAUGGUAACAUUGUAGCCCUAAGCAACAUGUGUGUAUUAGACAAUUUUGUUGUGAUGCUACUCACUUGGAAUGCAACCAUGAUGUCCAGUGUAGGUUAUUAAAAAGCAUAUUACUUCCAAAUUGCACCCUAGGAAAAGGCUAAGAAUGUAUGGUCACUUAAAUCCGUAUCAUUAUCUAUAAACCCAACAAAAUCCACUGCUCUCUUUUGGAUUUACUUAGCCAGAUAUAUUUUUAAUUCCAUUUUUAUGGUAAUGGAUGACUUGUUUCUUAGUAAAUAUAAAGCAAACACCAUUCAUUUAAAAAUUAUUGGAAUUUCUAGGACAUUAUGUUUUUUUGGUAGGAAGGAAUAAUGGUCAAAAACACAUAGAGAGUGUUUGUUUUGUAACCAGAAAUACACCAUUUUCCCCCAAACCCUAAAAGGAUUUGGAAAAAUUACAGAAGUUGGACAACCUAAAUAUCUCUAGGAUGUUUUUGUUUGAUGCAUUUUGUUUCUAGUCUAUGCAUACUGUGAUUUUUUUUAUGUGGACUCUUAGAACACAAAAUUAGUGACAAAUUGUUUAUAUGGAACAUAACUAUUAAAUGAAUUUCACUAUCUUCCUUAACUUGGGUGUAUGUGUGUGCAUAUGUUUUUCUUUAAUAUUAAUUAUGCAAUACAAAACACUUUACUAAUUGCUUGAUACUGUCUUUUUUUAAUUCUUAGGGCUUUUGUGUAUUGUGACUUGUUUCUAAAAUGAUUUCCUCAGGAAUGCAGACCUUCAUUUUUAUAUCUUUCCUAAAGUAGCUAACAUAAUACCUAAAUAUUUAGUGAAUGUUGUAGGUAGAAAUAGCAAAAUAUCUGCUUUUAAUAUAUAUUUAAGCAUAUAUUUUGAAAGGAACAAAAACAAAACCAAAGUUUUAGUAAAUUUUGAUUCAUUAGACAUUUUAGGAAAUAAUAAAAUUCUGUAUUUUUAAAAAAUGGGCUAACGAAUUUAUUUUCAUUUUCAGGUAUAUAUGCAUGCUGUUAUAUUUUAUUUGAUUGUUGACUUAGGCCAUGUCUGUAUAUAGUUAUCAAAUAAACUCUUCACUGUUCAAGAA